GGGCGCGGCCCCGCCCCGAGCGCGGUGCCGGGCGCAGACGGAGCGGCCGCGGCGGCGCCAUUUUGCGGCGGUGCGGGAGGCGCGGGCGGGAGGUGGCUGUGGCGAUAGUGCCGGCAGUAGCGGUAAUAGCGGUAACGGUGGCGAUAACAGCGGCCGUGGGUGUUAUUGCUGCUAAUCGGGACUAGCGUCCCCCUUUCGCCCCAGCCCCUUGGCCAGGACUCUGCCGACAUGAGCGACGUGGAGGAGAACAACUUCGAGGGAAGGGAGUCUCGCUCCCAGUCAAAAUCUCCAGCUGGGAGUCCUGCUCGCGUAAAAUCAGAGAGCAGGUCAGGAUCUCGCAGUCCAUCGAGGGCUUCCAAACAUUCUGAGUCGCACUCUAGGUCAAGAUCAAAAUCAAGAUCCAGGUCCAGAAGGCAUUCGCACAGACGUUACACUCGUUCCAGAUCCCAUUCUCAUUCCCAUAGGAGACGUUCUCGAAGCAGGUCAUACACACCAGAAUACCGUCGUCGCAGGAGCCGUAGUCAUUCUCCCAUGUCCAACAGGAGAAGGCACACUGGCAGCAGAGCUAAUCCAGAUCCCAAUACCUGUCUUGGAGUGUUUGGUCUCAGUUUGUACACUACUGAGAGAGAUUUGCGUGAAGUCUUCUCGCGUUACGGGCCUCUGACUGGUGUCAAUGUGGUUUACGAUCAACGGACUGGGCGCUCAAGAGGAUUUGCUUUCGUGUAUUUUGAGAGAAUUGAUGACUCUAAAGAGGCGAUGGAGCAUGCAAAUGGCAUGGAGCUGGAUGGCAGGAGGAUUCGAGUGGAUUAUUCAAUCACCAAAAGAGCACAUACACCCACCCCAGGCAUCUACAUGGGCAGACCAACACACAGUGGAGGAGGUGGUGGCGGUGGAGCGGGUCGUCGCCGGGACUCAUAUUAUGAUAGGGGCAGUGGAGGAGGUGGUGGCGGUGGAGCGGGUCGUCGCCGGGACUCAUAUUAUGAUAGGGGGUACGACAGAGGAUAUGACAGAUACGAAGAAUAUGACUACAGAUACAGGAGACGAUCACCAUCGCCUUAUUAUAGUCGAUACCGAUCGCGAUCAAGAUCCCGUUCCUAUAGUCCAAGGCGCUACUGAAGAUCAGAAGAGUUACAGUUGAGGACUUGAUUUUUAAAUACAAAGUUCAGAUCUUUAGCAUCCCUACUGCUUUCCCUUCCAUCUUCCCUUUCUUGUCCUCCUUCCAGCUCUUUCUUUUGAAAAGUCUUUGGUUCAUUUAGGAUAUACAUAUUUUCAGUUGAAGUAUUCCCAUUUUCCAUCCCUUCUUAUUGUAAUACUCUUAAAUAUUGUAAUUGUUGUAGUUUUUGUGUAGUAAAACAUCUUGAGCAAAAAAAUAGAGAACCCCAAAGUGCUGAUACAUUUUGGAAGUCAUUCCUAUUUUAUUUCUAAAACAGUUGGACUCCUGACUAAUCAGAAGAGAACAUUGAUAUUUUUAAAGCUUGCAUGUCAUAUGUAGUAUACACACUCGGAUACUUUAACAUAAACCUGCAUUUCCAAGUAACUUGUUAAUCUUUCUGUUAAAAUGUUUACCUAUUACUUUGAUAAACAAGUAAUGACUUUUGAGUCUUUUCUGUAAUGAUGAAUUUGCUUAGAUAGUCAUGAACCAGAGGAUUUUUUAAUUUUUUUUUUUUUUUUUUUUUUUUGUCAAGUAGUUGCUUUGAAAGUAGACUAUUUGAGCUAGAUCAGAGUUUGGUAUUUGACUGACUGGGAGAAUAGAUCCUUGUACACUCGAAAUUAAGGCUGUGUGUUUUAUAGAAAAAAGUUUCUGGAUUGCUACACAGUGGAUAACAGUUGAAAUUAAAAUUGUUAAAUUUCUGGAGUCUUUGUGGUACUUCAUUGAAUAUUUCCCCUUAAUUGGUGCAGGAGAAAAAAUAUUUAUUGAACAUAGCAAUUAGUUAUAUAAUUUGCUGUUCAUGAAAUAAAAGAUGGCCAACUUUUUGGUAUUAAAAUAAUGAUGGAGCAAGUUUUGUUUCCAGUCCUUUUUGAACUUCUGGAAGUAUAGAUAGAAAAACCUAUAGCUACAUGUAAACCUUUUUUUCCCUCAAUAAAAGUUAAGUCCACUGA